ACGGCAAGGCAGGGGAGAUAAUAACAUUAAAAUAAUCUGUGAUUAUUAUGUAAAUGAAUAUAACUAUAUUCGUCUUUAUAUAUAAUACUCGGUGUUGUAUGUGAUAAUGGAUCAAAAACAGGAUGAAAACGUUAGUGAAAUCGAAAUGCCCAUAAGGAGACCAUGGUACAAAUACGUGACAGUGGAACCGACCAUGUUCUUAUACAUGAUGGCCUACAUGAUCACCAACGUCGUCGAACAAACAUUCUACGUGUUCCGCGCGUGCAACGUCGAUCAUGGAUACAGCGAAGAGAUCUGCUACAACAUAACAAGUUACAAACAAAUUAAUGAACAAGUACAGGUAACAGUGUCCACGUUCCACCAAUGGAACGGCGUGGCCUGGCACAUAGUGCCGUUUGUCCUCGCGUUUUUCCUAGGCUCCUAUAGCGACAAAAGAGGGAGAAAGUGCAUCCUGCUGGCAGGGCUGCUCGGGAAACUCUAUUUUUCCAUAAUGGCUACAGUUAAUACUAUGAAUGCAUGGCCGUUAAAUUAUGUGAUAUAUACUGCCACUUUUCCUAGUGCCUUAACCGGUUCGGAUUUAGCAAUAUUCGCGGGCGUGUUCGCGUAUAUAGCUGACGUCACUUCCCCCGAAAGUAGAACCCUAAGAGUUGGGAUUUUAGAUGCUGUUUACUUAAGCACUAUGCCUUUGGGAGUUUUUAUUGGUAACAUUUUAUACGUGCACGUUGUGAACAGGUCAUUCACAAUAAUGUUCCUAAUCAACAGUAUUCUCAUGUUGCUGGCGACCCUACACUGUCUCUGGUUCCUCGAAUGGCAGACGAGACCCGAGCAGUGCUCCCUGCGCGACGCCGGCGUCACCAAUCCGGUGGUGGACUUCUUUGACCUCAAAAAUGUGAAGCAAACGAUGCUCACCCUGUUUAAAAGGAGGAGUAACCACCGCACGGUAUUUUUGUGGUUCUUACUUAUAUCGAUGGCGCUCUAUACGUUCCAGAGAGACGAGAGGCCGUUCAUGUACCUGUAUGUCCAAAACGUGUUCAAAUGGGACACGACCGCCUACAGCAACUUCAGGACGUACAGCAGCACAGCGUACGUGCUGCUCAUGUUCAUAGGCAUCCCCCUGAUGACUAAAGUAUUCCGCUGGAGAGAUACGGUAAUAGUGAUGCUAGGAGCCACUUCCCAUAUGGCGGGGCACUUCUUGUACGCGCAAGCGACCGCCGCCAAGACCCUAUACAUCGGUGGCGCAGUGGCCGCACUAGGGCCCUGUGUCGCGCCGCUCGUCCGCUCUAUGACAUCCAAGGUUCUUCCGUCUGCGGAACGAGGUGUGGCAUAUACAUUUCUGUCGGUUAUGGAGAACGCCGUGGCGAUGUUUGCCUCCAUUAUAUACUCGCAAGUGUAUAAUGCCACACUCGGCACCAAUUUCCUGAAUGCCAUCUUUUACCUUACAAUCGGGACGCAAGCUGUUGUGUUUUUAUUUUCACUCUGUAUGGAGCUAACUUUAAGGGGCCGGCGGCUCGAAUCACUGUUACCUGAGGACGAAAAAGAGAUAUCGGCGCGGACUCUUCAGGCCGCUACCAACUGACCUAUUAGAGGUGCGGAAUUUAAUAAGCAUUUGUGACCUUCAUUUACUCUGCUACCAUAAUAUACGAAACUUGUUUCAAAGUCUGGGGGCCGAUUUUUGAAUUUCGAUCGCUCGAUUUCAUCACUCGAAAAUCGGUGGAAAACGGUGAAAUGCUAAUUUUUGAAAUACGAGCGAUCGGAAUUUGGAUUCUAUUGGUAUAGACCAGCGAUCGGCAACCUGCGGCCCGCGGGUCGCAUGCGGCUGUCACUUGCGGCCCGAGAGCCGCCUUAGCUAUUUUGUAUGUAAUAGUGUCGACAAACGACAAUGUCUCAUAAAAUCAUAAAUAUUAACAAAGUACGGCCCGCGUCACCUCCGUUAACUACUAUGUGGCCCUUGGCUGCUAAAAGGUUGCCGACCGCUGGUAUAGACGACUCGAUUUCAAUUCUAUUAUUAGAAUUUAAAUGCCUAGUAGUGGAUAUUAUUUAAAGAAAUACACGAAAUCGAGUGGUCGAAUUUCAAAAAUCGGCCCCCUGGUCUGUAACACUAGAUGGCGCUGACUCAGCGCCUAAUAUUUUCUGGUACUACAAUAGUAGGUACCUGAAAAUAUUUGGUACUACAUUAGUACCAGAAAAUAUUUGGCCCUCAGUCAGCGCCACCUAGUAAAAGUAUGAUAAGGACGCCACACACGAAUCCUUGUUGGAUCCUCGCGUCCAGAUUGUUCGGUCAGUGUUCGAAUAGUACCGAUUUUGGUACCUAGGCAUUUAUUUAGGCAUAUUUUAGGUUGCUUUCACACUAGUGUUAGCUAUCUUUAUGUAUUAAGCUCGAAGUAUAAAUCAAAUAAAAAUAAAUAUUAUAGACCAAUUUUACAAAUAUCGCUGGCUGGUUCCACAGUAAGCUCAAUAUGACUUGUGUUGUGUGUGUGUGUGCAUGCAUAGAAAUUGGAAACAUCCAUCUCGGAAAAAAUAAUUGGGACCUAUCGCGUUGCAGGCAGGGUCACUAAGUACCGGCUAGGCUGAGUCCUGGUAAUGGUAUUCGAAUUAUUCGUUUUAUCCGGAUAUCAACCUCAUAAAUCCGGAUAGUAAAUUGCACGGAUAUGCGGAUAAAACGGAUAUCCGGAUUGCAAGCCCCAGUCCGGCAUUUUUAGUAAGGAAUUGGAUUGGAUUUAAUGACAAUCUACGCAGCGUAUAGCUGCAGUGAAUGUUGAAUGGUGGUGGCCCUGCCUACAAAGCAGGAGGUUCCAGGUUGAAAUCCUGAUUAGAGCAUUUGUUUUUGCGUUUAUCAUGAAUAUUUGUUCCUGACUUAUGGAUGUAUUACCUUCCGUUUUCAUUUUGAGAUUGAGCAGGCUUUCCCUGUAGCAAUGAAUUAUCAUUAAGUUUUUAUAGGACGAUUGUCAAAUAUGAUUAUUUUAGCGUAUUUAGAUAAGUUAUGCGCUCCGAUGUUUGAACGAGACAACGCUAUGCAGGUAUUAUAGCGACAUACCGCUCGCACACCGGAGAGAAGUGUGUGAAUCGUAUCCAGUGCGCUAAGUACCUUAAACUUAGCCUGCGUUAAGUAAAAGCGAAUGUUAUUCCAAGGGCACAUGCAAUAAAAUACUGAACGUUGUAUUUAAUAAUCAAUUGUUCCACACAUUGCUCAAGCGAAUUAUCAUAAUUUAUUAUAAUGAAUUUUAAGGAUACAUACUAUGUUUUUUAAAAUGAAUUUAAUGAUCGUGUCUAUGUCGGCGGCCGAUCGUAAGAUCAGGCAGAUCGUGAAAUUCCUAGGCAUAUCGUGAAACGUGAAAAUCUUUGACUCGUUAUGACUCGACGAGCCCCGCUGUUUCUGGAUCUUCGGGGAUCUGAAGCAACCUAACGAACCUAUCUUACCUACAUAUUGGUUUAAUGUGACUAUAAUACAUAGGAACAUUACGAUCUGCCUGAUCUUACGAUAUUUGAAUGUCAAGUUUUGUGAACAUUCAGAACAAUUCCACGGGUUAGUGUUAUACAAGGUGGUAUUCCCUCCUAUUGUGAUUUAUGGUAUUAUUAAACUCCACUGUUACAGUU